GUGUAAGAGCUGGCAGACCCCAUUUACUGCAGAAAAGUAUUUUACUUACAUAACAGCCCAGUGUGGUUUCAGUUAUAAGGAAAAGAAACUCAGAAAUUCACUGACAGUGUUGGGUGAAAUGGCGCAGAAAGGAGUUCAGCUGGACCGAGAAAACUUCUCUUGUUCGAUCUGUUUGGAUCUACUGAAGGAUCCGGUGACUCUUCACUGUGGACACAGCUACUGCAUGAACUGUAUUAAAAGCUUCUGGGAUGAAGAGGAAGAGAAGAAAAUCUACAGCUGCCCUCAGUGCAGACAGACUUUCACACCGAGACCUGUCCUGAUGAAAAACACCAUGUUAGCAGAUUUAGUGGAGCAGCUGAAGAAGACUGGACUCCAAGCUGCUCCUGCUGAUCACUGCUAUGCUGGACCUGAAGAUGUGGCCUGUGAUGUCUGCACUGGCAUGAAGCUAAAAGCUGUGAAAUCCUGUCUGGUGUGUUUGGUCUCUUACUGUGAGAAACACCUUCAGCCUCAUUAUGAUGUAGCUCCAUUAAAGAAACACAAGCUGGUGGAGCCCUCCAAGAAGCUCCAGGAGAACAUCUGCUCUCGUCAUGAUGAGGUGAUGAAGAUGUUCUGCCGUACUGAUCAGCAGAGUAUCUGUUAUCUCUGCUCUGUGGAUGAACAUAAAGGCCACGACACAGUCUCAGCUGCAGCAGAAAGGACUGAGAGGCUGGAGGUGAGUCGACAAAACAUCCAGCAGAGAAUCCAGGACAGAGAGAAAGAUGUGAAGCUGCUUCAACAGGAGGUGGAGGCCAUCAAUCAGUCUGCUGAUCAAACAGUGGAGCACAGUGAGAAGAUCUUCACUGAGCUGAUCCAUCUCAUCCAGAAAAGAAGCUCUGAUGUGAAGCAGCAGAUCAGAUCCCAGCAGGAAACUGAAGUGAGUCGAGUCAAAGAGCUUGAGGAGAAGCUGGAGCAGGAGAUCACUGAGCUGAAGAGGAAAGAUGCUGAGCUGAAGCAGCUCUCACACACAGAGGAUCACAACCAGUUUCUACACAACUACCCCUCACUGUCAGCACUCAGUGAGUCUACAGACUCAUCCAGCAUCAAUAUCCGUCCUCUGAAGUUCUUUGAGGAUGUGACAGCAGCUGUGUCAGAGGUCAGAGAUAAAAUACAAGACCUUCUGAGAGAGGACUGGACAGAAAUCUCACUGACAGUCACUGAAGUGGAGCCAGAGCCAAAGACCAGAGCUGAGUUCUUAAAAUAUUCACGUGAGAUCACACUGGAUCCAAACACAGCACACACAUAUCUGUUGUUAUCAAAGGGGAACAAAAGAGUAACGUUAAUGAAACAAGAUCAGUUUUAUUCUGAUCAUCCAGACAGAUUCACUAAAUGUUGGCAGGUCCUGAGUAGAGAGAGUCUGACUGGACGUUGUUACUGGGAGGUGGAGAGGAGAGGGGGAGGAGUUUAUGUAGCAGUCGCAUACAAGAAUAUCAGCAGAGAGCAGAGCUGGAAAAAAUGUGGAUUUGGACGAAAUGCCCAAUCUUGGGCAUUGAAUUUUUCCAAAGAUGCUUAUACAUUUUGGUACAACAACAGCCAAACUCCUGUCUCAGGUCCUCGGUGUUCUAGAUUAGGAGUGUACCUGGAUCACAGUGCAGGUAUUUUGUCCUUCUACAGCAUCUCUGAAACCAUGAGUCACCUCCUCAGGGUCAAGAUAACAUUCAGUCAGCCAGUCUAUGCCGGACUUUGGCUUGAAGGUGAUGCAGGAAACUUUUGCGAAAUCAGAUAGACUGAAGUCAUCCAUAAUGAGAUGUGUUUAAAUCUACAUUUUGUCUUUUAUUACAACACAGAGAUGGAAAGUCAGUGAAACAUUUGACAAUUUGGACUUCAUAAAAUGAAAUGAAAAUGUAAACUUAUCUGUGCUCUAAAUGAUUGUUUAACAUUUGUUUUUAUGUAUGUUUAUGCUGGUGUUUCUCUUCCACUUCACAGGUCUAAAAGUAAUCACCAGACCUGCCUUUAACAAAUAUAUUCUGUUUAUCAUAUCUUAAAUAUAUAAUUACAUUUGCAUCUAUCUUUUUGGCAGAAAAAUAUUUUCUUGUUUUUUAAAUUAACAAACAAGUUGUUUCUUCUAUGUAUGUAAUGAAUGAUGACAUAAUUAAUUUUAACGUGUGGACAAAUGGACGCUUUUUUAAAUGAAAAGUUUUGAGGUACGAACAAACCCUUCAUUCCAGGAUCUCACUCAGAUUUGAUAAAGAAUAUGUGAAAUUAGUCUGAGGAGAAAACUGAAGCGGUUUUCCUCCUAAAACACCACAAAGGUCAAAGUUCAUUUAGAGUAGAACAACCCAGGACAUUCAUCAGUCAGAGAGACCUUUUAUUUCACUAAAACAGCUUCAUUACAGAGAAAUAAUUCAAGCUGACUCUUUUAUUAUUUCAUUCAUUUUCAUUACACUUAUUGUUUAUUUUUACACAUACUUGUAUACAUUUCUUUAACAAAAUCAUAAUAAUCACACAUUUCUAUAGCAGCUCAGUUUGUUCAUGUUUUCAAUUUAAUUUUCAAUUCAAUUCAAUUUUGUUUAUACAAA